AAACCCAUAUGGGCAGGGCGCGCUCUUCAAGCGGGCAUAACAUCCGCUGAAACCGAAAGCGUUUGCAUCUUAGACACUACCUAUGUGGCACAUCUGUAUCAGCUGCUGCUAACACGGUGCUGUGGGCCUCAUCGAGUGGCAUUUUUCAUGGUCCUUUUCCAUUGUUGCGUUGUCACAGGUGGUGUUAAGUUUGGAUUCUUCCCCUUUUGAUUUCCCUGCCGCCGAGUGAGCAAACAUGCCCACCUCAAAGGUCUUGCUCCUGGACACUCUGGAAGACCUGAUGGAAGAUGACUUCAAGAAGCUGAAGUGGUACCUCUCAAAUAAGUUCUCAGACAGCUGGAAACCAAUUGCCCAGUCCCACUUGGAGUCGGCCUCACGGAUAGUAACUGUGGACAAGAUUGUCAGUUGCUACGGUGAGGACCCCGCUGUGAGCCUCACUGUGGAGGUCCUAACACGGAUGGGAAAAAAUGAAGAAGCAAGGCAUUUACAGAGCGCGUACAAAGGGGGGAAAACCGCUGCAGCCUCACCCUCCUCCACUGCUGCUGCUGCUCCUGCUCCUGUGGGUCCGACUGCUUCAGCAGCUCCAGCAGCUCCAUUAACAAUUACUGCUACAAAUGGAGGUGUGACCUUCUCUCCGAUUAUCCAAGGGAGUAACCCUGGAACAUGGAAUGUAAACAUUCAUCAGAAGUCAGAAAUGCAGGCUGCUCCUCUGAUCUUAGACACUCUGGAUGAGUUGGGUGCUGAUGAGUUUAAAAGGUUUCGUUGGAACCUCAGUCAGCCAGUGCUGAAUGGGUGUCAGCCCAUUCGCAAGGGCCUUCUGGAGAGUGCAGACCGGCAGGACACCGUCGGUAAAAUGAUUGACAGCUAUGGUGAAGAAGCUGCUGUGAACCUGGCUGUGGACAUCCUGAAGAGGAUGAACCACAACAACACAGCUGAGAAGUUAAGGAGAGCAUUUUCAGGGGGAUCAACAGCAGUGCAAGCCCCGCCUCCUUUGACCUGCUACCCUGCAGGAAGCAUUUUUGUGGCACCCAACAUCCAAGGAACCAGCGCUGGUACAAUUAACAUGAACAUCAACACAAAGUGAUUCUGUAGUGUCAUUGUGUGGCUUUACACCUCACCUUUAAAUGGGAAAUAAACAGUUUAUGUUUCUUCA